AUGCAAAUGACGAAGUGCGGUGUGAAUGGUGGUGGUCAGCAGGAGGGAAGUGGGGCUGAUGGAGGUGAGGGAAGCGGUGGUGAUGAGCCCAAUUCAACGUCCUUUGAGGUGACUAAUGGUGGCGGUCACCAUCACCACCAACACUAUCAACCCCAUCACCUCUCGAACGGCUUCACCAACUUUGCCUACGAUGACGUGCCGCUGAGUGAUGAUGUGGGGAAGAUAGUGGUCGGCGGUGAUGACUUCAUUAAGGGCCAACUGGGCGAGGAGUUUGACGUGUCCACAAUCCACAACGCCGUGCCCGAGUCGAGCAAGACCAAUUACAUUCAGACGUUGAUGCACCUGCUCAAUGGCUUCAUCGGUUCAGGAAUCCUGUCCAUGCCAAUGGCGUUCCGCGACGGCGGCAUCAUCCUCGCCACCAUUCUCAAUCCAAUCAUUGGGGUGAUGAGCUGCUACUGCAUCCACAUGCUGCUGACCAUCAAUCGAUGGGCAAUGAAGGCGACAAAUCGCAAGAUGCCCUACGAAUACCACGAGCUUGCCCUGUACGCCUUCUCUUUCGGGCCGAAGCCGCUGCGUCCCUGGGCCCGGACCGCCUCGCUGGUGGUCCUGAGCACGGUGAUCGCCACCCAGAUCGGCGGCUGCUGCGUCUACUUCACCUUCAUCGCCACCAACCUGGAGAAGUUUCUCAUCAAUCGCAUGGGCAAGGAGAACGCCCCCAAGAAGGAGAUCUGCCUGCUGCUGGUGCUGCCCCUGGCCCUGGCCAUCAACUGCAUCCGCAACAUCCGCCACCUGACCUUCUUCAGCACCGUGUCCAACUUCUUUCAGGUGGCCGGCCUGGGCAUCAUCUUCUACCAUCUCUUUGACCAGCCGCUGAAAGACCCUUUCCGCUUGCCGGCUGUCGGUGACCUGGAGAAAAUUCCCAAAUUUUUCGUCAGCACGCUUUUCAUCUUUGAGGGCAUUUCAGUGGUGAGUGAAGGAAAGGAUCAUCAAAACAUCCUCGCAGCAGUCAUCCCCAAGUUAGAGUUGAUCAUCUCGCUAGUUGGCUCAGUCACCAGUAGCACCGUCACCAUUACCAUCCCGGCCAUUCUCUACACGGUGGCCUUCUGGAAUCAGGAAGGCCCUCUCGGAAAGUUUUUCCUCGUGCUGGUCAACGGAACGCUGCUGAUCAUCGGUCUCGGUGGCCUGGGCUUCGGCUUCUACUACAGCCUGCUGGACAUCAUCGACUCCUACAAGACGGGCACUCCUGACGAUGACGUGGAGAAGGUGGCCCGACUGGUGCAGUCCGGUCUAAUGCAGG